AUGGACAAGAUAAAAGCAAGCUUUAACUUUGACGUCAUACCGAAGUUUAUAGUGAAGCUGUAUAGGGUUGUUGAUGACGACAAGUAUAGAGGAAUCUGCUGGACACCGGACGGGCUUAAGAUCCAUAUUUUCGACAGGGAUGUGUUUAUUAAGGAGACAUUGCCUCUCAUAUCGAAGACAAGGGAGUUUGGAACGUUUAUUCGUAUGCUCAACAGCUAUGGAUUUGUGAAGUCGAAGGACAUUGAGGAGGAGGAUAUCUACUACAACAGCAACUUCAGGAAGGGAAGGGAGGAUCUGCUUGGGCUUGACGAGUCGUUGAGGCUUAUAAGACGAAAGAAGGCAAAUGAAAUGAAGGCGAGUGUUGGAAGUGCAUCGAUGAAGGAGGUAGUUGAGUAUCUGUAUUCGCAGAGCCAGGAGCUUUAUGCAGAGUUAUCUGCAUGCAAGGAGAAGAUAGAGAGGCAGGAGCGGAUGAUGAAUGGGCUGAUGGAAGUUCUAUCACGAGUGUUCAGAACAAGCAUUGAUGAUCUUGGAGGAGGCAGACAGAAGUCGGGUGUGCUUGGCUUUGGCGACGAGAUGGAUGCUUUUUUGGGAAAAGAGCUUGCUAGGCUGAAGAGGUCUGGGGAUCAAGCGCUUCAACCGCUGAAUCAGAGCCCCAUGGUGCAGAAGCUAUCGCUUGAGACAGUGGACGACAUACAGCGCGAGCUAGAUGACAGGGAAAGCGAUUACGAUGCCUUUUUCUGA